CGUAUGUAUGAACAGAGCUACCCACCGCAAGAGGGAUGCUUCUUACUUGAACACGCACGCGCGCCAGCGCUUGUCUAUCUUGCACUUGGAACAGAACACAGUUUUUUCCUUCGUCUGUACACUGUCGGUUAGAUAUGUUUUUAUUUAGAUAAAGUGAACAAAAAAUUUAUUUUUACCGUUAAGAGCUUUAUUGAGCACAAGUUACAUAUCCGUAGCAUUCUUUGUCUAUUUUGACCUUGACUUAUAUCCGCUUUACGAUGAUGUAGUAAAUCUAGUAGACGUUGUCAUCUGUAGUGCCAAACGAACAGAAUAUAUUAUAUAUAUAUAUAUUAAUAACAUCUCAUAUCUGAGUUAAAUACAGUUUCAAGAUGGAGCGUUUUAUCGUCUUGGGGCUGCUACUGAACGGUGUCCAAAUGGGCUUGACAUCAACUUAUUUAACCGACUGGAAUAUGGUGGGUAGCAGGUUGACCCAACCAACCUGUGUGGACAUACCCCAGAAUUUAACCCUCUGCCACGGUAUCGGGUACACACAGAUGAGACUUCCCAAUCUGUUAGGGCACGAUACGAUGAUCGAAGUCGCUCAGCAGGCUGGACCCUGGGUGCCUCUUUUCAAUCUCAAAUGUCACCCGGAUACACAGUUAUUUUUGUGUUCGCUGUUCUCGCCAGUCUGCCUGGACCGACCGAUCUAUCCGUGCCGUUCCCUAUGCGAGGCCGUCCGUCAAGGCUGCGAGAGAAGGAUGAAUAUAUACGGAUAUCCCUGGCCGGACAUGGUCCGUUGUGACCAGUUUCCCUUGGAUAACGACAUGUGCAUCGCCGUGCAGUCUCCUAUUGAUGGAGAACCAGCACCGUGUGUUGCUUGUAACCAGCCAGAUACGUAUGAAAACAUGAUUGACAAUUUUUGUCGAGCAGAUUUUGUUAUCAAAACAAGGGUUCGAAAAUUACGAAACGAAGAAUUAAGGUUUAAAAAAGCCAAGGUCUUCAAAAUGAAGGAAGGCAUAGUAACAAAAGCUGACCUAAAAAAGCCUGUAUUCGAACAUCCUAAUAUGUCAAAAUGUUGUGGGGAGCUGAUUGGAAAGCUGGACGCUAGAGGUCGUGUGCUCGUGAUGGGAAUUAAAAAGAAGAAUAGUUUGUUCCCAACUCUUAUCAUCCCAUGGGUCAAUUCGAACAAAGUUAUCCGUAAAGCUCGAAAGACCAUGAAAAAGUUUGACUGCUCAAACCCUAAAGUUUUUUCCAGCACUAUGAUAACCACCAGCAAGAUCCCGGUACAAGUUGGCAUGAAAAAGAAAACCAGAAGAAGGAGACCAGGUCACCGGAGAGGAAGGAAGGAGGUACCCAAUGUGAGACAGAGUGCUUCUGUGUCCUGUGCUGGAUGUAAUCAACCCAAGACGCUGGAAAACCUAGUGGACAAGUACUGUACAGCAGAAUACGUAAUCAAGACAAGAAUUCAACGAAUAAAAAAUGACAAGAUGAAAUGUAAGAGAUCCCGCAUAGUGAAACUCAAAGAAGGCUCUUCGGCUCGAGAAGAACUGGUAACUCCAACUUUCACACAUCCUAACAUGACCGAAUGUUGUGGUAACAUGCUGGAAACUAUGGAAGACAGAAAGAAACGUGUGGUCAUCAUGGGAGACAAGAGCGAGACUGAUUUAAAAACUAGCCUAGUUGUGCCCUGGGGAACUAACAAGAAAUUGAUCAAACGCAUGAUCAGAGUAGCCAAAAAGAAAGGUUGCUCUAGUCGUUAGAAGGAUCACGUAUGGGAGAGGGUGUAGUCGACAGGCAAGCAGAGACAACUCAAGAAAAAUCACUCGCUUUCUAAGAAGCGUCGCAGGAUAGAAAAUAACCACCGAUACCGAUAUAGGUGUAAAAUUUUUUUUCUAAUAUUCAAAUAAUUAAAAUGAUAUUUUAAGACGAACAUUUGAAAUACAAGAUACCUUAGUCUAUUAUUAAACUUUGUCGUAAAAUAAAUAUUGUGCUAUAUUGAGUUCGGAUUUACAACAAUUACAUUGAUAUAAGUUCCAAAUUACUUUCUGAACACAACAGAGAAGUGAUAAUAAUCGUGUAAUCUAUAAUAAGAUUCAAAUAUAAAAACAAAGCUCUAACAAUAGGUUUUUUUCACAGCUCAUAUUUAUAAAGGUAAACAUAGUUCCUUGUUAAUUGUUUUAUGAAUCGACCUAAACAGUAUAAUAUGGCAAGGUGCCACGUAAAAUGUUCUUUUCUCAAGCAAAUCUUUGAAGUUGAAAAGCGAUUCUUUUUCUCUUUUUUUUUUUUGUUUCAUUAGUCGCCAUCACUAUAAUACAUGCUUAUGUUUUAGUGUAGUGAUAUAGAUAACACAUUGUUCUGUAUUCGCUUUUUUUUUUGUAGUUGUUAAAAUUAUUCUACAGAACUUUGAUGUAGUAUUGUGUAAUUGUUUAUAAUGUAUGAAUGUCACUACAAAAAUGGCGAAAAGAAAAUUCUCCAGAUACUGGACUUUGUUUAUAGUGACAAAUUUGAUCUACCACUAUUGCGUCAUCUAUUGGUAUUUAUGAGUACUAAGCUGCUGUAGUUAUCUACAUUCUCAAAACAUUAUCACUUGAAAAAUAAUGAUGUAAAUACUUCGUGUCAGUCUGUUAUUAGUUAUUAUUGCAAUUAAAAUAAUAAUUGGAAAUUCAGAGAUAAAUUAAAUGCUCGAUAGGCCAUUUUGACCCGUGGUAUAAAGUCACAAGAAUUAAGAAAAAUUUUAAAGAUUUCUCCUUCAAAUUUUUGAUGUUUUGGAUGUUGUGAACAUUUCAAUCUAAAGAUAUAGUUUAAUCGCACGGGGAAAAGGGGGAAACCUUCUACAGAAAAUCUGUUUACGAUGUUAUGUAAUUUUUAUUUUUAAUACAGAUGAGACAAAUAUUCGAUCGUAUCGGAUAUUGGGAUGAAUCGAAUAAUCAGAUAGCAUCUCCAUUUAUAGAUUACUUCACAAUAUUACUUGGACAGGAUUCUUCUUGCAUGUGAGUUUCACGUAACAGUUAUAGUGUCAAUUAGCUCAUUAGUGCUUUCUACUAGCUUCUAAAAUAACUGCUUUUUCCCCUUUAUCAAAGUGUGGAAGCCAUUGUAGUCGUAAUAUAGAUAGUCGUUAUGUAGUUUAUAUAAACAGGACGUCCACCCGUUGUAUUACUAGUGUAUUCAACAGGUAGUAGUAACAGCAAAGACAAACACAAUCCAAACAACAGGUGCAAUGGAAGAUCGGGUGUAAAGCGCUAUUCCACGUUGCCAUACACAGCAUUUCCUUAACGGAGCUACAAUGGCCGCUUACUCAUGUGCAACUACUGUACAUCUUUAUUAAAUUAAAACAACGAGGAAGUAACUAGUUUAAUAUUAUAACAUAAUGAAGCACAUUUUCUGUAUAUGUUAUUUGAUCCGAAAAUAUCCGAAUCCGAUUGGAUGUCAGAUAUUCAACCACAACUACUUGUCCCAUCCCUGAUAUUUUGUGUUUAAGAUGAUAAUAUUCCUACAGCUUCAUUACAUCGUUUUUGACGGACAAAUCGUUAUGUUAGUUUAUUUGUGUUUGCAGCAUACUUAGUAUUAGAUUAAUCUCCAUACUUGGACAAAAAAUAUACUGAUCGCGAAAAUUCUAGUAAGCUUCGCACAGUAUUGAUUAAAAGUGCACUAACAAAUUGGAUCAGAUGCUGUCGUGCCCUCUAGUGUUACAUAUGAGAACUAAUAAUUCAUUGUUUAAAUUACGUAAAAACUAAAACUAACUUAAUCUCCUGCUAUUGUCGUAUAGUUUGAGAUUCUUGUAGAUAGUUGUCGUGUUUUUGUCUUUCUAGGACGUUUUGUAAACCAAGAAAACAUUUCAGUAAAUGUUAGAAUAUGAAUAGCGAAUGUUAUUUCUGUACAUCAAAGUUAGUCAUUUCAACUAAUACUUUAUGGCCUGGUUGAAAAAAAAAGAGAAAGCGAAUGGCUAAUACUAAUGAAACAGAGUGGUACGUCUGUUUUUAUAUAACUAAAGUAAACGCCAAAAUGUUGAACAUUGUAGAUUUUUAAGUAUAUGAAAUGUGGCACUGUAUUGUAUCGCUGUGUUCACGCUGGUAAUAGUGUUUUCAGUGGAAAGUGACUGUAUAUCACUUUGUAAGUUUGUAUACAUGUUUGUUGUAGUAAAAAUUAAAGAAAAAUACGUAGUUCAGUACACUUUAAAUUAUUUUACAAGUUUUAAUUUAGUUCGAUGGUAAAAUUAUAAUAUUAUGUUCAAACGUUCAUUAGGUAUUUAAACAUAGCUAUAACAUGUUACAAAAUCACAUACACACACUUAACCAUUUUUUUUCUUUUACUUUUAUAAGUAUAGAGUAUAUAAAGCAUCUGUGUAACAUAGCUUGAUUCGUCUCGUGUGCAAACUAUUUUUCCAUGUAUUAGUGAGUCUUAAGCCUACUUGAAUAUUUGAUAUUUGCUAUACUGUAAUUCGCAGCAAUUUGUUUUUAAAAGCUUGUAGUUAUUGAUAACACUAUUCAUUAAAAAAUCUGUUAUUGUCCUGGUCUCAUGAGUAAA